UUCUCCUAUAAUCCUUUCCUUCUUUACAAAUAUGAAGUUAUUUCAAACUUACCUGCACUUACUCAUUUUCAUUUCAUUAGUAGCAACAUCAACUGCGGAUUAUUUUAAGUACGCCAAGAUAGGUUGCAAUGGUACCUGCGGGGAUGUCAGGAUUCCAUUCCCUUUUGGAAUUGGUGCGGAUUGUUCUGUCAAUCCAUGGUUCACCGUUGUUUGCAACAACUCGACCCCAUAUCUAUCUGCACUUAACCAGGUGGAAGUCUUGAGUAUAAACUUAAGGUUUCAAACAGUCACUGUAAAUCUGCCAAAGCACUCUGAUUGCCAAAACCCUGCUCGGAAUAGCAGUAAGGUCACCAGCUUCGAUCUUGGUGAUCAGAGCCCCUUCUUUUUUUCCAAAUUCCAAAAUAUAUUUGUUUUUGAGGGUUGCGGUAUUGCUUCUAUAAUGGAUCAUGGAAGCGUGGUCACUAGGUGCUCAACAGCUUGUCUCAAUGUUACACAUAGCGAUAGAAACAACUGCUUUGGAAUCGGUUGUUGUCAAGCCACAAUUCCUAACUUUCUCAAGUCGUACAGCAUUCACCUCACCGGUUCGGAAAUGCAAGGGGCGGGUGGAGGUUGUGGGUCUGCCUUCUUGGCGGACGCAACUUCACAUGACCCAUUUAUUUCCAUGAAUAACUCUUUUUCUCCUGUAUCGCUUCUAUGGAUUCUAACAGCCUCGGAUCAAGUAACGUGUUGUUAUGAACAAAACCCGGAUACCCUUGAAGUGGAUAUGUUUAAUGGUACUCUAGUGAAUUCACCAAAAUGCACCUGGGACAGUCAGGGGGCGAACCCUUAUUUAUCAGAUGGAUGCAUUAAUGGACUUGAAACUCCAAAGUACGCCAAGAAAGGGUGCCGGGAUAAGUGCGGGGACGUGAUGAUUCCAUACCCAUUUGGAAUCGGUGCAAGUUGUUCUAUCAAUAAAUGGUUCAAUGUAGAUUGCAACUCCUCCACACCAUAUCUACCUGCACUCAAGAACCUGGAAGUCUUGAAGGUAUACAUUGGAAAUCAAACAGUCAUUGUUCAUACACAGAGGAUAUCUUCUUGCCAAAAGCCAGUUCGGAAUAGCAGCCAGACAAUGAGCAUCGAUCUUGGCUGGAGCCCCUUUUUCUAUUCCAAAGAUAAUAACAAAUUAGUUUUCGACGGCUGUGGUACCGCUUCAUUGAUGGAAAAUGGGAGUGUGCUUGCAGCGUGUUCAACAGCUUGUCGCGGCCUUCCACUUAGCAAUAGAAGCAUCUGUUUAGGAAUUGGUUGUUGUGAAACCGCAAUUCCACAUUAUCUAAAGUCAUACAACAUUAACAUCACUGGCUUGGAAGAGGAAGAUGGAAAUUGUACAGGGUCUGCCUUCUUGGUGGACAAAACUUUAUAUGAACAAGGAAGGUUUUCUGACCCAUUUAUUCCCAUAUCACUUACGUGGACUCUAACAGACUCCAAUCAAGUAACUUGUUGUAGGGACGAUAUCCCGACAAGAAGUACAGUGGAGAUGUCUAAUGGUACUUCAGUGGAUACUUGGCUAUGUGAUGGAUUUGGAGACGGAUCCCCUUAUUUAAUAGAUGGAUGUGCCAUGACUUACAGUGAUUCUACUCCUGAUACGGAAUUGUGUAGAAAGUGCAGUAAGAGGGGUGGUUAUUGUACCGCUAACAACAGCACAUACGACGGUAUAGGUUCAUUUCUCCGUCAAAACUACAUUUGUGUGGAAGCAGAAACAACUCCUCGUGGGGUAAUCCUAGGUGUUGGAAUAAGCAUGGGCAUACUUUUUCUGAUUGCCGCUAGCUCUAUAUUGUACAAAGUGAUUAAAAAAACUAAAGAAAGGAGGCGAAGAAAGAGAUUUUUCAAACGCAACGGUGGUCUACUUCUAAAACAACAAGAAGAAGUUGACCCGUUAUUAGUUGAUAAAACCAUACUUUUCACAUCACGCGAGUUGGAGAAGGCCACUGACAACUUCAAUGAGAAUAGGAUUCUUGGCCGAGGAGGUCAAGGUACUGUCUACAAAGGGAUGUUGGAAGAUGGAAGGAUUGUGGCAGUCAAGAAAUCGAAAAUAGUUGAUGAAAGUCGGUUAGAGCAGUUCAUUAAUGAGGUUGCUGUUCUUUCACAAAUCAAUCAUAGGAAUGUGGUCAAACUAUUGGGAUGUUGCUUAGAGACAGAGGUUCCUUUGCUCGUUUCUGAAUUCAUUCCAAAUGGUACUUUAUACGAUCGGCUUCACAAAAAGAGUGACGAGUUCCCACUCUCUCUAAAUAUGAGAUUACAAAUAGCUACAGAGGUUGCAGGAGCACUUGCUUACUUGCAUUCAGCAACUUCUAUUCCAAUAUACCAUAGAGACAUCAAAACCAAUAACAUACUCUUGGAUGAAAAAUACAGAGCCAAAGUUUCUGAUUUUGGGACUUCACGUUUGGUCUCAGUAGAGGAAACACAUUUGACUACCUUAGUCAAAGGUACGUUCGGUUACCUUGAUCCUGAGUAUUUUCGAUCUAGCCAAUUCACUGAAAAGAGUGAUGUUUAUAGUUUUGGAGUUGUUUUGGUUGAAUUAUUAACCGGUGAAAAGCCGAUUUCCCAAACCAGAAUUGGAGAGAGGAAAAGUUUAGUUACACAUUUUAUGUUGGCUAUGGAAGACGGACAAGUUAUGUCUAUAUUUGAUGCAAUCGCUAUUAAAGAGGGUACUAGGGAGGAGUUGAUGACUGCAGCUAACUUAGCAAUGCGAUGCUUAAAUAUGAAGGGAAUGUAUAGACCAACAAUGAAAGAAGUGUCUGUAGUAUUAGAAACCAUACGAACAUCGCACAUGCCCCCUACCGUUCAAUCGAAUACUAGUCACAUGAUGUAUGGGGAGGACUUCUCAAUGAUAACUUAUGGAGAAUCAUCAUCAACAUUCCUGAGUUUCAAUGACAACAUUACUCAUUGAUACAAAGGGUCGGUCAUGUUUAUUUUAAAAUACAUUUAUGUUGUUAUAUAGUUUCAGUGCAUGGAAUAGAUUAACUUGUCGUAAAAAAGGGUUAUGUUUUGCAAGGAAAAGUACUUUUAUUUUCCUAUAAACACAUAUGGAGAAUCGUCAUCAACAUUUCAACAUU